GGGUUCGGGAAGCGUGUCUGCGGAAUUGCAGCACUUUUUUUUAUUGAAAAAAAAAAAGGCCCGGCACACGUGAGGUAGGGGGCGUAUCUGCCCCGGUUAUAGACGUGCGUGCGAAGUUGCCCCGGACUCGUUUGGAGAACUUGGCGUCUUUCUGUCCUGUCGGUGCCCGGAGUCCCUCGCCGUGUCUGAAGUACAGAGGCUGCGCUCUGAUAUGGCGUCUGAAACAGAGCUGCCGCCGCUGGGCCAGAAGCUGAGCGAGGGCAAGACGAAGCAGAUCUACGAGCUGCCCGACCUGCCGGGCCAUGUGCUGGUGCAGUCCAAGGACCAGAUCACCGCCGGCAACGCCGCCAGGAAGGACCAGCUGCAGGGCAAGGCGGCGCUGGCCAACGGGACGACCUGCUGCGUGUUCCGGCUGCUCCAGGAGGCGGGGGUCCGGACGGCCUUCGUGAGGCAGCACUCGGACACGGCCUUCGUGGCGGCCCGCUGCGAGAUGGUCCCCAUCGAGUGGGUGUGCCGGCGCGUCGCCACGGGCUCCUUCCUCAAGAGGAACCCGGGGGUCAGCGAGGGCUACAGGUUCGCCCCGCCCAAGCUGGAGCUCUUCUUCAAGGACGACGCCAACAACGACCCGCAGUGGUCCGAGGAGCAGCUGCAGGAGGCCCGGUUCUGCUUCGCGGGCCUCGGCGUCGGCCGCUGCGAGAUCGACAUCAUGAGCCGCACGACCGUCGCCAUCUUCGAGAUCCUGGAGCGGGCCUGGGACACGCAGGGCUGCACCCUGGUCGACAUGAAGGUGGAGUUCGGCGUCAACGUGACGACCAAGGAGAUCGUGCUGGCUGAUGUCAUCGACAAUGACUCGUGGAGGCUGUGGCCCUCGGGGGACCGCAGCCAGCAGAAGGACAAGCAGGUGUACAGAGAUCUGAAAGAAGUCACCCCUGAAGCAAUGCAGAUGGUGAAGAGAAACUUCGAAUGGGUUUCUGAAAGAGUCAAGCUGCUGCCGGAGAGCCGCGCCGGCGGCCGGGUGGUGGUUCUGAUGGGCUCCACCUCCGACAUGGCCCACUGCACCAAGAUCCGGAAGGCCUGCGAGGGCUACGGGGUCCCCUGCCUCCUGAGGGUCACCUCCGCUCACAAGGGCCCCGACGAGACCCUGCGCAUCAAGGCCGAGUACGAAGGUGACGGCGUGCCCACCGUGUUCGUGGCUGUGGCCGGCCGGAGCAAUGGCCUGGGCCCCGUCAUGUCGGGGAACACCGCCUACCCGGUCAUCAACUGCCCGCCGGUCAGCCCCGACUGGGGCGCCCAGGACAUCUGGUCGUCUCUCAGGAUGCCGAGCGGUCUAGGCUGCAGCACGGUCCUCUCGCCUGAUGGAGCCGCGCAGUUCGCCGCUCAGAUCUUUGGCCUGACGGACCACCUGGUUUGGGCUAAACUGCGCGCCUCCAUGUUGAACACCUGGGUCUCCCUGAAACUGGCCGACAAGAAGCUGCAGGAGUGCUCCCUUUAAAAACGAGGUCCUCCAGAAGUUUCUAUCUUACAGCACUUGAGUCUCCGUCAGCCUCACAAAUACUACUGGAUACCAUUCCAAAAUUAAAGCAUUUGUUUUCAAACAAAA